AUUUUUGUUUCCAAAAGGUGGCACUUCUCCCAGAGAAACGAAACAACAACAACAUCAAUCAAGGCUACAUUCAUUAAUAUUUUCAACUAAUUUUAUGUAUUUUGUGGCUGAAGUCAUACAGUAUCUUUGAAUUCUAGGUCGUUUAGAUUGGUUUCAGUUGGCAAUAUGUCAGUUCAGAAUUCUUCGGGUCUAGCAUCACUUACAGCAACAUACACCGAUUCAGAAGGAGAAGAUGAAGCAGGGGAUAUUUCUAGUCCCUCUCCUGAGAAACCUAAACCAGUCGCCUCUGUUGCUGUUGUUGUGUCGCCUUCAGUUCGUCUACAAAAUGCCAAGAGACUAGCGCAGCUUGUUUCGUAUCACGAUGACACUGUUGUCUCAGAUGAGGAAGGAGAUGGAGGUGCAGAUUCGGACGAAGUUAUGGAUUUAGAGGAGAAGGAAGAGGAAAAGAUUGAAGAAGAAAUCGCCAUAGAAGAGUUAGCAGAACAGGCUCCUGAUGGUGUAAAACUUCCCCCUGAACCCCCAGGUCAUUGUUCAAUGGCAUUACAGGAAAAAAUUAAAAGGCUGCAUGAAAGAAUCAAGAGCAAUACCAACUUCAAUAUGAACAAGGCUAUACAAGAUAGGAAAGAUUUUCGCAACCCCAGUAUUUAUGAGAAGUUAGUACAGUUUUGUGACAUUAAUGAACUAGGUACAAAUUACCCUCCUGAAAUAUAUGACCCUCUCAUGUGGGGUAAAGAAUCAUACUAUGAAGCACUAGCUAAAGCUCAGAAGGACGACACUGAUAGACGAGAAAAGGAAAGGAAAGAAAAAACCAAAGUUGAGUUUGUGUCAGGCACAGCAAAACGGACUGCUGGAGUUAGCCUUUCUGCUGAAGAGGAAGCCAAGCGGAGGAAAUCAAAAUGGGACCAAGUUGGUGGGGCCGGUGGUGGAGUGUCUGCGCCAUUACUGAGACCUGUUGGAUUAAUGCAACAACCUUCUCUCACUACCUCUGCCACAGGCACUAAAGGAACCGUCAUAUCAGCAUUUGGUUCUCUUCCAAAGAAACCUAAAACAUAGUAUUUUCAAUUUCAUGACAAAGGGAGUUGUGCGUUGGUCCCUUGGUAUACAAAUCAAAGCAUUCUGUCUCUACAUUAAAAUCCGAUGGUUAUAAAUGUAAUCUGGCCCCCUCUGACAAGCCAAGACAUCUUUGUGUAUGUACAUAGUUCAUUCCAACCAAUUGAGACAGAAAAAAAAGUUUGAAAUAUUCUGUAAAACAAUGAUCAAUUUGUAAUUCAUCUGAUUCUUCAUUGAUGCCUGAACUCACAAAUAAAUGUUAUUUUUUACUUA